GGGUGACUGCACGGGCGGAGCGGCAGGACCGCCUGUGCCUCGGCAGGUGCCGGAGCUGCCGGGCACUAGGACCCGGCGGUGGCUGAGCGGAGGCGGCCGCAUCCCUCUCCCGCUGUCACCCCGCAGCCUCUGCAGCUUUAUCCCUCUCCUUCAAUGGUGACUGACUACUUCCCAACCAGCCUGGCAGCCGGAGCUACAAAGCCUCGCUAGGACCGGCUCUUAGGCCCGGUUCCUGGCGGCUUCAUGGCAUCUCCCAGGACUAUCACCAUCGUCGCCCUCUCAGUGGCCCUGGGGCUUUUCUUUGUCUUUAUGGGGACUAUCAAACUGACCCCUCGGCUCAGCAGAGAUGCCUACAACGAGAUGAAACGAGCAUACAAAAGCUACGUGCGGGCCCUCCCCAUGCUGAAGAAGAUGGGAGUCAGCUCCAUCCUUCUCCGCAAGAGCAUCGGUGCCCUAGAAGUGGCAUGUGGCAUUGUCAUGACACUGGUGCCUGGUCGCCCCAAAGACGUGGCCAACUUUCUCCUACUCCUCCUUGUGCUGGCUGUGCUCUUUUUCCACCAGCUUGUGGGGGAUCCUCUCAAGCGUUACGCCCAUGCCCUGGUCUUUGGGAUCUUGCUUACCUGCCGUCUGCUGAUUGCCCGCCAGCCUGAGGAGCAGCCACCAGAAAAGAGGAUCCUGUCCGUGAAUGGAGAUGAGCAGCCACUCAUCGACGAAGCAGCUCCUGAAAAAGGCAAAAUGAAGGUCUCCUAGUUGAGUGCGUGUGAAAAAAUACGGACCCUCGAGGCAGCUCUCUCCAAAAUCACCCAGAAAAUUCGUUUUUUUUUUUAAUUUACCUAUUUAUAUUUUUUUGUCUGUCUAAAUAAAGUUGCACUUGGGGUCUGAGAGACAUGUGGUAUGUCUACACUGUAGUCUUGCUUUUGCUGCUGCCCUGUUAUGUAGAAAAACACAAGCUAGCUUUCAGCAGGACAGCUCGGGGGCAGUUAGCAGCCUGGCCCCAACAGGAGUUGCCGAACCAGCUGGAGAGCACGGGCAGAGCCCUGGGCAGGCAGUGGUGCCAACCAGGGCAGAUCAGUCCCCGAGCACCAACCCCGAGCCUCACAGCAGCGACAUCUGGCCUGGAUGCACUUCUGCUGUGCGGUGGCCUCGGCAACAGCAGCUGGUAGAACAUAACCCGAUGUCGCUGUGCUGGCUUGUGUGGCCCCAUCCACAUUUCCUUCUCCAUAGUCAAGGGGGAAAAGGACCCUACCAAGUAUAAAAGUGCUGUUUGUUGUGUGUGAGAGGGUACCCUCAGCCUUUGCUGCCUCUGUGCCCAGUCCUUUCUUUGGACUGGUUAUCCAGGAAAAACAGGGGAUGCGAUACCUGCAUCUUCCUGGAUUUCCACGCUUCGCAGAGGCUCUAAAACUGGGACAAGGGCCUGAUAACAGUAAUUUUUGCCUGCAUCACACGAUGCAAUGGCACCUCUUUACCCCUCUUGCAGAGAGUAAGGAUCCCCGGUGAGGGAAUGGGGAGCAGAACUGCCCAAAGAACUCUGAAAUAUGCCUGCUGUUGGCAAAUAGCAUCAUGUUCCCUAUUUCCAUGCAAGAAGAAAAAUCCCUUUUUCCACAAGUACUGCAACUUUAUAGAAUUGUUGGUUAUUGCUGAUAGAUGAGGGUCUGAGUGUGUGCAGUUCAUCCCACGUGCAGCUUUGGUGAGUGGGGGGAAGUCCUGUCACCAGAGCCUGAAUCCCUGUGUGUUGUACCUGAAAUCUUACAGAGUGUCACAAGCAGCAUGUGUUACCUCUGAGUUUGUUUGUUUUUUCUUGAUGUCUGUUUUCAGUUUUUCCUCAUUUUCUUAAUUAUUCAUGAUAAUAAAGUUUUUGAAAUUUGGAGAAAAAUGUCUUGAUGGAAAUAAAUUUCUUUUUUUUUUGAGA